AUGGAUAUGAAUAUAAAAACACUGAAAAAUCUUAUAAAAACAAAGGAGGCUUUGAAGAAAAAGUAUAUGCUUCUCAAAACUGGAAAAUACAUAAAGGACUUAGAAACUGAAAACACGUAUAAACCAAUUGUUGAACCCUUACGUAAAAUCGUUAAAAAUUUUGAAAAUAGUGAAACCAAGAAUCGCGAGUUAAAAGAAAUAAAAUCAUCCGCUGUUAAGCGUCGUCUUCAAUUUAAAAGUCCCCCAACAGAAGAAGCUGAAGCAAUUGAAUAUGAAAAUAAUUCUUCAGAAGGAGAUUUGAAUUUACCUUUAUCGAAUUCGAUGACAGUUGAUGAAGACACAUCAUUUAAAACACCUUCAAAUAGCUUUAAUGAAAGUACUCCGAUCAACAGAUCGUUGAUUUCAAAUUCACUUCAUGAUAAAAUCUAUGGUCCGUACUUUGAUGCUGAAUCGAAUUCAAACAAAUUGGGAAGAUCAAACUUUAAAAUAAACGAUGAAAACAAUAUUAUAAUUGAUGAAGAAAUUUUCUAUGGAACUGAGGGUCUUCUUGAACUAGUAUUGAGCAAAAAUCCCCGAAAGAGUAUUUAUAAUACUGAAGAUUUAAAGCAGUAUCAAAAAAUAUUACAAAAAACAUGCGCUCAUUUGAGAAAUCAUGAUAUAAAUUCACAGGUUAAAGGUAAUAGAGGACAAAAAUAUAAAAAAAUUAUUAAACCUUUGAUUCAGAGUAUAACAAAAAGUAAACAAACAAAAGUUGGAAAUGCAUACAUGGAUAUGGAUAGUUCUCCUACAAUGAUCUAUUCAGCUAAUCCUAUUGAUUAUGUAUAUUGGGAUAACCCAAAUGAGCUUGUAGAUAGGUUGAGACUUUUAAUCGCAUCUGAAACUUCGGGGCAUAACAAUCAUAAAAAUGAAAUAAAUUCAAUCGUGGAAGAGUUGCGAGAACAAAAUAUAAUUUAUUAG